UAUUAUCAAUUUUAGUGCUUCUGUCUCUUAUAAUUUUCUGUGUCUUUUGAUAUCUAGCUUCCAGUUCAAUAAUUUCUCAUAAUUUGUCGAUCGAUCCAAGCAAAUCAUCGAUCGAUCAGUGAUGACUUCCUCGAACAAACAUUGGCCUAGCAUGUUCAAGAAGUCUACCAAUGCGUCCAACCAACGGAAUUCUCAAGGCCUCAACUCUUCCCUCUUAACUGGUGGAGAUGGCGAAGAGAGAACUCCAGAACCAAAGCCAAGAUGGAACCCAAAACCACAACAAAUUCGCAUUCUCGAAGCCAUUUUCAACUCAGGGAUGGUGAACCCACCAAGGGAGGAAAUUACGAAGAUACGUGAACAAUUACAAGAGUUUGGUCAAGUUGGUGAUGCCAAUGUCUUUUACUGGUUUCAAAACCGCAAGUCUCGAAGCAAACAAAAGAAAAGAUUCAUCCACAACAAGAAACGAGAAACACAACAAAACUCUGGUCAUCAAACACUCACAUCACCACCCAACUCAUCAUCAUCAUCUUCUUCUGGUCAUCAAAAAGCUUCUCCCGAUGAAAUUGUAAUUUCGAACAAUAUCGGAUUCUCCAAUGCUAAUGAUGGGAUGGUGGUGUUUUCUAAUUCACCCGCAGUCUCGGUGAACCAAAACCAAGUUGAUGCUUAUUUUCAAACCCCUACUGGAACCGAUUUACAACUACCUACACCCCCAUUUUUCUCUUUCCCUGUGCAGAAUCAUAUUAAUGAAGUAGUGCCUAAUGCCAUGACACCACCACAUAGGUUUAAUCACUUAUCUGGUUUCAUGAACUAUGGAAGUGAAAAUGGAAACUCCUCAAUGGUUCAACCCUUACCUCAACAGAAUGUUGAUGUACCUCUAGUUAAUCAUGAGAUCACCAUGAACUAUGGAAGUAAAAGUGGAAUUGCCUCAAUGAAUCACCGAUAUGAUCAAGAGAAGAUUCAAGAGGAAGCAAUGAAUAUGAUUCACAUGUACCAGCAAGACCCACAACUUAAUUUUGGUGUUGCUACAACAUCAAGCAAUGAUGAUGAGUCAGUUGAUCUUGCUCCUCUUCCUCCUACUACCAUUGGUGCACCUGAUGCUGUUCCAUUCCCCAUUAUUGAUCAUCGACAUCAAGGAUUUGGUGUGGAAGAUGAAGCGGAAAAAUGUAUGGUGAUUACUAAGGACGCCGCAUUCAAGGUUGAUGCAGGGCCCUUUAACGUUCGUGCAUCCUUUGGAGAUAGAGCAGUUCUCUUUGACUCCUCUGGUACUCCAGUUCUAACAGAUGAGUGGGGUGUUACCCUCGAUUCGCUCCACCAUGGUGCUGAGUAUUACCUGAUUUAUCAAUGAGGUGAAGUUGGGCAGCUAGACAUGCGAAAUUCAUAUAUAUAUGGUGUUCUUUCAAUAUUACCAUACUCUUUUGUUGUUUAUGAUAUGAUUAGGGUUAUUGAAAUUGAUGAUGACGACUCAUACCUUGUUGUGUCUAAGUCGUUGAAGGUAUGAAAACCUUAUUGUGGACCAGGGUGUAUGUAUUUUUCUUUUUAAUUACAGGGCCUUUAUGAUGUGGUUCUGGUUCAAUAAUAAUGACCAUAUGAAUUUAUAUGUUCUGUUUAAUUAUGUGUUCUUACCAUAUGGGUCGUCUUGAGCAUGGUCGGUGGGUUGCUCGUUUUCCAGUUGCACUUCUCCUUUGAGAGUGUUGUUAUCUCUUGCUUUUUGGGGUA